AUGCACACGCUUGUGUUCCUGAGCACGCGGCAGGUGCUCCAGUGUCAGCCAGCUGCCUGCCAGGCCCUACCCCUGCUGCCUCGAGAGCUCUUCCCCCUGCUGUUCAAGGUGGCCUUCAUGGACAAGAAGACUGUUGUGCUUCGCGAGCUGGUGCACACAUGGCCUUUCCCGCUGCUCAGCUUCCAGCAGCUGCUGCAGGAAUGUGCUCACUGCAGCCGGGCCUUGCUGCAAGAGCGCCCCAGCACAGAGAGCAUGCAGGCUGUGAUCCUGGGGCUGACAGCCCGGCUCCACACCCCAGAGACCGAGGCUGGCACACAGCCUCUCUGCAGGAAGCAUGCCCUGCGGGUGCUGGACAUGACGGGCCUACUGGAUGACGGCGUGGAGCAGGACCCUGGCACCAUGAGCAUGUGGGACUGCACAGCAGCUGUGGCCCGCACCUGCAUAGCACAGCAGCAGGGCGGGACUGCGGAUCCUGGGCCAGCCCCCAUUCCUGUGGAGGUUCGUGUGGACCUGCGGGUGAACCGGGCCUCUUACUCGUUCCUGCGGGAGGCACUCCGGAGCAGUGUGGGCAGUCCCCUGCGGCUCUGCUGCCGGGACCUGCGGGCUGAGGACCUGCCCAUGCGCAACACUGUGGCUUUGCUGCAGCUGCUGGAUGCGGGCUGCCUGCGCCGUGUGGACCUGCGCUUUAACAACUUGGGCCUGCGUGGCCUGUCUGUUAUCAUCCCACAUGUGGCCCGAUUCCAGCACCUGGCCAGCCUGCGGCUGCACUAUGUGCAUGGGGACUCGAGGCAGCCCUCUGUGGAUGGUGAGGACAACUUUCGCUACUUCCUGGCCCAGAUGGGCCGCUUCACUUGUCUGCGGGAGCUCAGCAUGGGCUCCUCUCUUCUCUCGGGGCGGCUGGACCAGCUGCUCAGCACCCUGCAGAGUCCCUUGGAGAGCCUGGAGCUGGCCUUCUGUGCCCUGCUGCCCGAGGAUCUGCGCUUCCUGGCACGGAGCCCCCAUGCUGUCCACCUCAAGAAGUUGGACCUUAGUGGCAACGACCUGUCCGGCAGCCAGCUGGAGCCUUUCCAGGGUCUGCUGCAGGCAGCAGCAGCCACACUGCUACACCUCGAGCUGACUGAGUGCCAGCUUGCUGAUACCCAGCUGCUGGCCACGCUCCCUGUGUUGACGCGCUGUACCAGCCUCCGCUACCUCGGUCUCUAUGGCAACCCACUGUCCAUGGCGGGCCUCAAGGAGCUCCUACGGGAUUCGGUAGUGCAGGCUGAGCUACGCACGGUGGUGCACCCCUUCCCUGUGGACUGCUAUGAGGGUUUGCCCUGGCCACCGCCUGCCUCUGUCCUGCUGGAAGCUUCCAUCAAUGAGGAGAAGUUUGCUCGUGUGGAGGCGGAGUUGCACCAGCUGCUACUGGCCUCAGGUCGUGCUCAUGUGCUCUGGACCACUGACAUUUAUGGGCGCCUGGCCGCAGACUACUUCAGCCUAUGACCUCUAGGCUGUCCUGGUGUUCAGGGCUGCUGGAGACCCCUCCCUGCCUUAGGUAGACAGAGCCUUUGCUG